GUCUUCUCGAUAUUCGUGAGAGAAUUUUAAUUUAAAAGGAAAUACGAGAUCAUAUGUAUGGAGAAAUGAAAUCGAUUGCCAUGAGAGCUCCUGCUGACCACUUCUUCAAGUUCAUUCCCGUAUCUCAUCAUAACAACUCCCGUCUGCAGUCCAUACCAAAGUCAUUCAGAAAAUAUUUAAAAGCUGGAAGGAAAAACAAAAUUGCCAUAUUAAAAAGGAGGAAUCAGAGAUGGGCGGUGAAGAUUGUUGAUGAUUGGGUGUUUGGAGAAGGUUGGGAUAAAUUCACCAAAGAUAACGGUGUGAAAGAUUUUGAUAUUGUGGUUUUUAGGCAUGAAGGAGAUAUGGUUUUUGACACCAUGGUUUUUGACAGUAGCUGGUGUGAAAGAGAAUAUUCAACUGAUUUAGUUACAAAAUCUUCUCGGACAUCAUUGAAGAAGAUCCAUAGAGCAAAUAAUGUCUACUACUCAAAAAAAUCUCUCCUCAAGGCUAAAAAAAUAACGAAGCCUGAUCAAAGUCAUCAUCCUUACUUUGUCGGCACAUUGAAGCAAUAUGGACGCAACUUAAACAAGUGGCUGUAUGUUCCUAAGAUAUUCGCAUUAGAAAAUGGAUUAAGUAAUGGAGAAAUGAUCCUAAAAGAUGUGGAAUAUGAAGGCUCGUGGACAGUUAAUCUAAGAAGCCACUCAGGCAGGAACUUCUGUAUUCAACGUGGAUUAAGUGAAUUUUGUACUGCAAUCGGUCUGGAGGCAGGAGAUAGUUUCCGGUUUGAGCUCAUUCAGAAAGAGGAAAAGCCUGUUGCCAUUGUUUCAAGAUUACCAAAGGUGGCUCUCAGUAAUCCGUAUUUCAGGUCCACUGUCACUGCAUAUAGUAUCAAGCGAACUUCUCUGAACAUUCCUUUAAGUUUUGCAAGAUCAAAUAGGUUGGACAAAAAAAACUGUGAAAUGGUUGUGAUGGAUGGAAAGCAAAGGCUGUGGCCGACAAAACUCUGUAGACCGGGAGAUCAUGUCUGUAUAAGAGAGUUGCGGGAUAUGCUGGUUGCAAAUGGAUUAAAGGAAGGAGACGAGAUCUUAUUAGAACUUAUCAAGAAUGAGGAUAAUCCUCUAAUGAAGUUACACGACUUAUCGGAAGUUUCCCCAAAUGGGAAACGUGUUCAAUCUAUAUUUCAAGCAAUCCCAAGUCGUCAACGUGUCCCAAAUCCACCACCCAAUCUUUGUUUCAAGUCUACUGCUACUGCACAUAGUAUCGAGUACUACCAUGUGAGAGUUCCAUUACGUUUCGCAAGAGCAAAUGGUUUGUUUGGUAGAAACUGUGAAAUGGUGGUUAUAGACGAAAAGCAAAGGCUUUGGCCAACCAGACUUUGCUGUCAUGACACUCAUGUAUAUAUUAGAGGAAUCCGGGAUAUGUGGGUUGCAAAUGGUAUUAAGAAAGGGGAUGAGUUCUUUCUUAAACUUGUUGACAAUGUGCAGAGGCCUCAAAUGACUUUGCAGAUAUGCCAACAAGGGGUUCGAGAAGACGCAGAGUGAUUGUUGUAUGUAAUGGAAUUAACAUGAGAUUUCGCCAUAAGUUUGUCCAAUUGUUUAUCUGAUCUGUCCUUGGACAAGGUCGAAAAUAUGGUUCAUUUGUAUUUGAUUAUGGUGGGUGUAAUGAGAUGGUAAACAAAAAGGAUGGAGCAAGAAAAAUGAAAUCGAUAUCUUGUUUGGUAUUACCAUUUGAAAAAUAUGAAGGUGAAUGAUUCAUUGUUUGGUCGUUUAAAGAGAUGGAUAUCAGUUUUAUUACUAGUUACCAGUGUUGUGAAACUCGGCAGUCGAGUCGCAUCGUGUACCAGUUGACUGACGAUAUGGGUUUGUCAUACUCGGUCUGAAAAUCGAUCAGGGUUUCAGACUCGGGUUAACUUGGUCAAAACUCGGCUGUAUAGUUUAAGAAUCGGCUGUAUCAGUCAAGACUCUGCUGUAUCGGAUUAGGUCAACCAAAGUCAAACUUUUUUUUUUAAAGCUUUUAUUAAUUAUGUUAUUGUUUCUAGACAA